UGCGCUCGCGGCGCUGGGGCGGGGCGUGAGCGGGAGGGCGGGUGUGAGGGCGGGGAGUGGACCGACUGAGUCAGGACCUACUUGGAACGACGCGGGGAGAGCGGGCGGCCUCGACGCCGGUGGAGCCGCGGACGGGGAGGAAGAUGAGCCUGAAAUCUGAACGCCGAGGAAUUCAUGUGGAUCAGUCAGAGCUCUUAUGCAAGAAAGGAUGUGGUUACUACGGCAACCCUGCUUGGCAGGGUUUCUGCUCCAAGUGCUGGAGAGAAGAGUACCAUAAAGCCAGGCAGAAGCAGAUUCAGGAGGACUGGGAACUGGCAGAGAGACUUCAGAGAGAGGAAGAAGAGGCCUUUGCCAGCAGUCAGAGCAACCAAGGAGCCCAAUCUCUUACUUUUUCCAAGUUUGAAGAAAAGAAAACCAAUGAAAAGACCCGAAAGGUUACCACAGUGAAGAAAUUCUUCAGUGCUUCCUCCAGGGUUGGAUCAAAGAAGGCAGAAAUUCAGGAAGCAAAAGCUCCCAGUCCUUCUCUAAACCGGCAAACCAGCAUUGAAACGGAUAGAGUGUCUAAGGAGUUCAUAGAAUUUCUCAAGACCUUCCACAAGACAGGCCAAGAAAUCUAUAAACAGACCAAGCUGUUUUUGGAAGGAAUGCAUUACAAAAGGGAUUUAAGCAUUGAGGAACAGUCAGAGUGCACUCAAGAUUUUUACCAGAAUGUGGCUGAAAGAAUGCAGACUCGUGGAAAAGUGCCCCCUGAGAAAGUUGAGAAAAUGAUGGACCAGAUUGAAAAGUACAUCAUGACUCGUCUCUAUAAAUACGUGUUCUGUCCAGAAACUACUGAUGAUGAGAAGAAAGACCUCACUAUUCAAAAGAGGAUCAGAGCUCUGCAUUGGGUUACACCUCAGAUGCUUUGUGUUCCUGUUAAUGAAGAAAUUCCAGAAGUGUCUGAUAUGGUGGUAAAAGCAAUUACAGAUAUCAUAGAAAUGGAUUCUAAGCGUGUGCCUCGGGACAAGUUGGCCUGUAUCACCAGGUGCAGCAAACACAUCUUCAAUGCCAUCAAGAUCACCAAGAAUGAGCCAGCGUCGGCCGACGACUUCUUACCCACGCUCAUCUAUAUUGUUCUGAAGGGCAACCCUCCACGUCUUCAGUCCAACAUCCAGUAUAUCACCCGAUUCUGCAACCCAAGCCGACUGAUGACGGGCGAGGAUGGCUACUAUUUCACCAAUCUGUGCUGUGCCGUGGCUUUCAUUGAGAAAUUAGAUGCCCAGUCUUUGAAUUUAAGUCAGGAGGAUUUUGAUCGUUACAUGUCUGGCCAGUCUUCUCCGAGGAAGCAGGAAUCCGAGUCUUGGUCUCCCGAUGCUUGCUUAGGUGUGAAACAGAUGUAUAAGAACUUGGAUCUCCUGUCUCAAUUGAACGAACGACAGGAAAGGAUCAUGAGUGAAGCAAAGAAGCUUGAAAAAGACCUAAUAGAUUGGACAGAUGGAGUUGCAAAAGAGGUUCAAGACAUUGUUGAGAAAUACCCACUUGAAAUUAAGCCCCCAAACCCACCAUUAGCAGCUAUUGACUCUGAAAAUGUGGAAAAUGAUAAACUUCCUCCACCAUUGCAACCUCAGGUGUAUGCAGGAUGACAGAAAUGUAUGUGGAUAGUAUUUAUUUGAGCCUAAAUUAUAGGUAGCCCUUACUACACUCCACUGAUUAGAAUCUAGAAUAUAACUUAAUUGCUUAUAAAUGCCAAGGCAUUUUUAAAGGUACAUUUUGUAGAGAUUGUUUUGUUUUCUUUUUCUUUUCCCUGGCAGGGAAAGCUUAGUAAAUAAUAAAACAUUAUUUAUUUGAGUUACUGAAAUAGAUUCAUCAAAGACUUCUAUAAAAAUUGGGUCUCAAUCUUUUUCUCCUACCUGAUUUCCUAUGUGCUUCCUCUGUGGCAUUCACUGUGAUUUGAUCUUGGGUAAAUACUUACCUUUCAAAGGAUAAAAUAAAUGAAUGCUACCCAGUGUGUAUAAGGGAAUUCAGUGUUACCACUGUUUCACAGUUUGAAAUAAUUUUAUAACUGUAAAGAUAGAAAAUAUAUUGAUAAGUAAAUAUGUAAAAUUGUAAAUAUGUAAAAAAAAAGAAUGGUGUCUGCUGUGCAUGGCAUUUCAUGUGUUAAUUUUUUUAGUUUAAAAUGAAGUAUGUUGAAUGUUUACCUGUGUUUAGUUUGCCCCACUAAAACCACCCACAAGUGUUCAGACCUGUUCCCCUCAAAUGGGACUCCAUCUUAACGAUGUUGCCCCUCACUUGGAGUCCUGGGUAGGCAGGAUAGUUUCCUGGUCACAUGAUGUUGCUGUUUUGCAUUUGAUUGAGGCCUUUGAACCAGGCUUCCCGCUCUGAGCUUCUGUUGUGAGGGAGAGGCCCUGGAUCUGGGACAGAAGGCAGGGGAGUGAACUAGCCUCUGCUGGUGAGCGCUGUUGGGGAAUUCUCAGCUCUGAGGUGAAGGGAUGCCUGGUGGCCUCAUAAUGUACCUUGGACUUGGUAGACCACCCAGGUAUGUGUCGUAUCAGCCUCUCUGGGGAUUUUUCAACCUCAAUACUGUUGAUGUUUGUGGCCAGAGAAUGUUUUCUUGUGGGGGCCGCCUUGUAUAUGGUAGGAUGUUGCUGGGCCUCAUGAGAGCCAGUGGCACCCCCACAGCUGUAAAAAGUUGUCUCCAGACAUUGCUAGAUGUCUCCAGAAGGCAGAAUCUACCCCCAAUGAAGAGCUACUGUUCUCUUCGAUGACUCGGGGAUUUUCUGGUGGAUAAUAAGAUGUAACCAAAGAAAAAUGCAUCCAGUACACACUGUAAUGUUAACUGGUGUCCCAGUCACUUUGGCUCUGUAACUCCAAGGCAUUCAGAACCUCUCCUGACCUGAAUUGGCCCUUUCAUGAUCCAAACAGACCCUUGAUGCUGCUGCUUCCAGUCGGGGACUCCUGUAGACGAUGAGCGUCCUUCUGAAAUUGGGUGAUUCCCCAGGGUGCCAUCAUUGGGCAGUGGCACAUCACAGGAGCAGUUAAGAGAAGUUGCCUUAUUUUCUCAGCAUCUUCCUCAGAGCACCACAGGUUUGUGUCUGGCGAUUCUGGAAUAGAACUCUUUUUUUUUUUUUUUAAUUUCCAUUUAAACCUGUCAAUCUUGACACUUUUUUUUUUAAAGCAUGGUUAUCAGCUGGACUCCAAGUUCAUGUGGAAGGACAUGAGUUGCUACAAAUGCCAGUGCAAAACUUCCCUUAGGGUAACUUGGGCCCAAAUGGUUUUAGCAGAAAGGUUUCCCCCGUCCCACCCCGUUUUUCUCCUUUGUACUUUGUAGGUGCUAAUCCAGGUAUACAUUGUCUGAAUUCUCCUGGAAAUACUCGGUUCUUUUAGUUGCACAUUAUGUCUGUUAAGUAAAAUAUGCGUAUGAGUUUCCAUAUAGACUGACUUCUUUGGGUUUCUAGUCUAUCUUUAAAAUAGAUUGUUGGAUUGCUUUGUUUGUAGAUAUCUCGUAUUGAUUAAAUUCCUCAGACCCUUGCCUUGUGUAGAGGCUUGCAUUUCUCUUAAGUCGGCAUCAUCACAGUGGCCAGAGUUUUUCUCAACAAGAAAGUGUGAUAUUUUAUGUACUGUAAAUGUGAUUGGAAUAAACCUUUGCACCAGAGGCGCCCUUAUCAAUAAAGUUUAAUGAUUCAUUCCUCUUCCAAACAGAUUGA